AUGCAACAUUCUUCCGCAAUCUCCGAAACAUCUAGGAUGAUCUCCGCAGGCCCUGUGGUAUCCGUUCCUAAGAAACAUUCUAAAGCAGAGGAAUUCGAUGUGCCAAGAGGUCGAUUAGCUGUAGUUAUUGUCGGUUUGUACAGAACCAACCUAAGAACGUGCAACGGGCAUAUGCAGAAAGUGAUACAAAAGUGGCGAGGUACUGAAGCUGAUGUCUUCAUCUACACUUACUGGCAAGAUGCCGAACUGCCUAAUAAUAUUAUUCCCUCGGCUGAAACCGUUGGCCACCAGUUAAAAGAAUGUUACGGAAAUUUCCUGAAGAGCUAUAAGGUGAAUGAUUUGACUAAAACUGCGGAAACCUUUCCGAUCGAAGGUGGGCCAUCCGCAGUCGCACAGUGUGGUCAAAAGUUAAAUCAACUUCAAUCCCAAUUAAAAACUUUGUAUCUUGCUGGUCAACUUGUCCGCGAUUAUCAGCUAGCUACUGGAGUUCGUUACGAUCACAUCAUUCGAUUUCGACCGGAUUCGGAAAUAUGGGGAUAUGCUCCUGACCUUCCUCGCAUGGAUCUCACAGGUCUAAAUGGUUUUGGAAGAAUCUAUCUGAUACAUCCAGGACGAGAGCACUACUUCUUUUGUGGUCACCACCACGGUCGAUGGAGAACUGGUCCAAGUGAUCAGGCGG